AUGCCAAUGUUCAAGCGUAUCAGGACCUGGGCGUCCGGCUAUUCCUCGUCUGGCGACACGCUCUCAAUUUUGGACGAUGAUACCACCCUGGCUGAAUCGGCCAAUUUUAGGGCCAGAUUGAAAGGGCCGAAGACCCGCUAUCUGCCUCUGCUGUCCGGUACUUUGGUCCCCUUUGCAAUUCUGCUCGAAAUUCCAGGCUUGACUCAGCGAUGGUACGUCAAGACGGCUAGCAAGUACACCAACGAGGUCCUCGACUCCCAGAAGAACCCAGUCCUGCUCGAUGUCGCGCUUGGCAUUAGCAUUGGCAUGGCCAUCAUCGCCAAUAUCUGCCUCGUGAUGCGAUUUUUAGGCGCGCUGCCUGAACCACGGCGUGUCUGGAUCACAACCGUCAUUGCCUGCAUAGCGCUCACGUUCCAUGACUGCAUCAAUAUCUCAGCACUCACCUAUUUUGGCGUCGUUCAUUCUGUCUCGGACGGGUUCACAUAUGGUCAGCCGUUCUUUAUGACUAUAGCGAGCACGUCGGUAUCGACCGUCUGCAAUUUCACAUUACUCUACGAUUUCUUCAGCACCAAGAACUUUGCGAACCACGGCAGCGGUCUAACCGCUAAGCAGAGGCAGCUCGUCAUCGCGCUCAUCGCUUUCAUGUGCUAUCUCUGCUUUGGUUCGCUGGUGUUCACUCUGUCGAUGAGCCUGCACUUUGUCGAUGCGCUGUAUUUCACGAUCGUCACGUGUUCAUCUGUCGGCUUUGGCGACAUCUAUCCGACAAGCAUAGCGGUCCGCGUCUUUGACAUCUUUUUCGCCACAGGUGGCAUCAUCUUCUUGGCUCUUCUGAUCGCUGUCGCACGAGAGACGCUCUUGGAAUCCUUCCAGCAAGCCUAUACGCAUCGUAGGAAGCUACUUGUCGAGCGAGCCCGCUUGAGACGCAAGCAAAAGGCGGCACAUCGAGCUGCUCGGCUCAAAGCGCGGGAGGAAGCACUCGCAUCGGGACAGGAUGUUCCUGCAGCUUAUAAGCCGGGCGGAGGCCGAUCUGGAGCAAGGUCUAUGGGCGAACGUCUCGAGUCUCGUAAGAUCAAGGUCGGAGUAUCAGCAGGCAAGGACUGGAUAGACAGUUGGUUUGUCAAAUGGGGAUGGAAAGACUCCAUCUCGAGCGUGAAGCUCAAGCGCAGCCUCACACAAGAAUCGAUGGAUCAAGACCGCUCGUAUCAACAUUUCAAAAAGCAGCUUAAGAGUGAAGAGCGUAGGGAGUUUUGGGUCAAAUUGGGAUUUGCGCUCGGGAUGUUCUUCUUCUUUUGGGGCGUAGGAUCCUUCAUCUUCACACUCACAGAGGGCUGGGACUACUUUGACGCAUUCUGGUUUUCAUUCGUCUAUUUCUCCACGAUCGGCUAUGGCGAUUUUUCGCCAAAGUCAUCUGCCGGCCGUGCCUUUUUCAUCUGCUGGGCUCUUCUCGGCAUAGCCAACUUGACUCUCCUCUUCUCCAUUCUGACCGAGAGUUGGGGCUCAGUCUUUCAGGCGACGGUCCAGAAUAGCGGCACGAGCAAAAUUCGUAGACUCGGCGAGAACGAGGUGCACGACACGGAGGAGGAAGACGCGCACGAUGAUAUCGACGAUCUGCCAGACAAGAUCACCCACGCUGCCAAAGAAUUCCAUGAGCAUGCGAAUUAUUUCCUCAAACAAGGCAGCAAACCUCCAGAAGCUCUUCAAAAGCUGCUCGACGAUUCUUCGCAGCUCACCGAGGAGAACAUUGCCCGCUUACGGGCCAGUACGGGACUGUCGAAUGAUAGUGAUUCGUCUCACUUGCUGUUCAUGAUCAGCUAUGAGCGAAGCUUUGCGAAUCUAAUGGAGUCCUGCACGCUCGUUUCUGCAAUGCUGAGGAAACGAGAAGAAGACCUCGCGCGCUUGCGACAGAUCCUAGCCGAUCUAGACGAGACAAAGCCCAGCCUGACCCGCACAGACACGAUGAUAUCGCAAGAAGCUCGGCCUCGUGUCGUACGCGUCGUAUCUGACAUGAUUCACUUCAAUUCUCGGACGGGCAACCGCGAUCUCGAAUACGGCGAAAAGUCAGACGAGGACGGCGACAAGACUGAUCCCGAGGACGAGGAGCCGAGCGAGCCGCGCGAGCCGCAAAGGCGAACGAGACGGGCAACGAUCAUACAGGAGGCGCACGAUCUUAUUUCGACGCUUGACAAAGGUACCGCAGACAGUAUAGGCUCGUCUGGCUCCUCGGACGGUAUGAGCCCGGUACAGGCCACUCAGAGCCAGCCAUCAGUUGUGCAGAGGGAUAUGCUUGACGCUCGAACGUCGAGCCUACCGGCACCAAUUAUAGGGCCCAACGCUCGGCUGCCCUUAAAGCGCACUCUCACCAUUGAUGAUCCAAAGCCAGCCAAACGCUGA